AUGCUUGUGGUGGAUCCCCCCACUUCAUCGGAAUCUACCGCCUCCGUGGUGCAACCCGAACGCGUUCUUCCCGCACCAAAUGAAGAGGAAGCCGGUGACAGCUCAGACUCAGAAGAUUUAGGUGACUUUUUUGAACACUAUUUUGCCGGCGAUGAUGAUCCGGGUUCGUCCGACUCAGACAACGGAGCGGGAACGGGCACGGAAUCCGUAGUUAUGAUUAAUCAAGUUGGCGCGCUGGUUCGCGGUAAAGAAAGACUUAUGGAGCUAUCGGAUUGUUACGUGAUGCACCUGGAUACAACACUAUACGAUUUAUGCCUGCGACGUCUGCGUGUUAUGGGUCCAUCAAGGACGGUUUUAUUGACUCUGCCAACGAAAAUACUGCACGAUCUCAAACGUCUGUACUACAGCCCAUACGGAGUUGAUACUUCCGGAAGAAAAUCCACAUCUGGUUGA